GCGGCACGUGCCUGACUUCCUGUUGCCGAUGUAUGUAGUCGCGUGGCGUGUUUCUAAACUUCUUGUGCUUUGUUGAAGUGCAUUUAAGCGUUUAAACUCUUCUAUUGUGGGCAAAAUGGAAAUCAACAAACAAUCAUCUGUCGCUGACAGUAUUCUUUUUUUGAAAAACAACAAAUUGGAUGAAAUUGUCGAAGAUUUUAAAGCUAAUCAAGUCGACGGCGAGGAUUUUUUCAAUUUAGAACCACAUGAUAUUUAUCAGAUGAUUCAUCGAAUAAAACUUCACAAGAAGUUUACGUGUAUUUGGAAUGACGUUACUCAAAAGCUGAAAGCAGAGUUAGGACGUAUUUUGGAGAAGAGUGAUGUUGUGCAAGACAUGAAGGAACGAUGGAAUUUGCACAAAUAUAAAAUGCUGUCUGCUAUUAAAAAGACAAAGCAAAAGAAUGUCAGCAGUAUCCUUGAAGAGCUGGAGGAUUGUCCAGUUGAAGAUGAGAAAGGGUAAAAGCUUGGGG